CCACUGCGCGCGUGUGGACGCAGCAAUCGUAGGAUCACCCGUCGUGGUAUUUGCCAAGGGAUUUGAAUCGACUGGUUUCUUUAGCAACUGCUGUUUUCACCGGUGUGGCUGUCCAAUAAAAUAUAUUUUGUGUAUUUUCAAUCAACAAAAUAUCCCGAGUACAGGUUUUCAUCUUAUUAUUCAUCAAUAGAUGUUGAUUAUUUUUCUUUCAUUGUUCACCAUGAUAAUUCAAACAACCCGGUCUCUGAAAGGCUUCACACUGUUGGCAGCGCUGCUGCUGCUGCUAGGCACGGUGGUGCGGCGGGGGCUGGCGGAGCCCGACGCCAAGGCGGUGUCGGUGACGGUGACGGCUGGCGGGGAGGUGCCGCUGCCAUGCGGAGGACUCGGGGCCCUCUCUCCCGGGGCGCUCGUCACUUGGGAGUGGAGGCCGCGAGCCCCCUGGUGCGUGGGGACAGACGGAGGCCGCCUGCUGGAGAUAUCGAACAAGGAUGGGCGCAAGGUAGUCUCCGACCAGUUCCGCGGCCGUGUGCUCGUGCACCCCCAGCUCAUCAAGCGGGGCGACUACACCGUGCGGCUGCGUGAGGUGCGCGCCAGCGACGCAGGGGACUACACCUGCCUGAACCAGGCCACCGGGCUCCAUCGCGCCAUCCGCCUCUUCGUCAACGCAGGCUGCACCUCCAACCUGCUACUGGAGGCCAACCCGUGGGAGGGGGUGGCUGAAGGAGACCCGGUGACCCUCGCCUGCUCCUACUGCGGCUCCAAGCCCAGCGAGCCGCGCGUGCGCUGGCUCGCCGCGGGGGUGCCCGUCAAGAGCGGCUCGGACAUUCACAUCUCGGCGGACGGGAAGACGCUGAACAUCCGCGCCGCCACGCUCGCCCACCGCGCUCGCUGGGCCUGCAUCAUCGGCAAGAAGGAGAGCGCCGUGGCAGAGUUCUGCCUGGACGUGGUUGAAUACGGAACGACUCCCACGCACCGGGACUCCGAGGAGGGUGCUGAAGACGACGACGACGACGACAACGAUGAUGAUGAUGAGGAAGGAGAGGACGAUCCGGAUGAUCGUGAAGGGGACAAAGACAAGCGCGGCAACGAACAUCGUGUGGAGAGAGAGCCAACGCAGCGACAAGACACUGCACCAAAUGCUGUGAGCGAGCACAGGGAGAGUUUUUCAACAGCAGCCUCUGUGACACAAGCCUUGGACAACUUGGGAAAUUCAGCGGCGGUCAGUUUGUCGAGUCACGACCCUAAAAGUCUCGUCACGAGCCAGGCCGAGGUGCCACGCGGUGGCCCCAAAGGCCCCUCGUCGCCGCCGCCACCGCCACACGCGCCCCAAAACGAACCACCACGCCACCCUCUCGCACGAACGGAGCGACCACAACCGGAGGAGACGCAGGUGUCGAUAAACAGCCGGUUUUCGAACGCGGAGAGGAGCCCACAGAGCGCCGAGUCCUGGCAGGGCCCUGUGUUCUUUGCCUGCGUUGGUGCCGGAGCGGUGGCCAUUGUGGCGGCCAUCGUGGUGGUCACGGUGCUGCUGUGGCGAUGGGGGGCGUGUGGAGGAAAGAAAGAAAGCAGGCAAGUUGCCAAAAGUGGAGAAGAGAGGACAAACCAUGGUGCCGAUGGUGCAACAACGGAACUCCCCAUUGAUGAGGCCGGCAAGGAGGGCCCCAGGGAGGAGACCGAGGCAGCUGUGGCUGUCUGUCCCGAAGGGCAGGAUGCUCCAGAAAUCCCGAGCUCCCCUGCACCCGACGCAAGCGCAGAGGCCUGAUUGGGGAGCGAUCAUCAAGCUGUCACACGAGGCGCGUAAAAACUAGCACCGCAUUUAAAGUGGGUGGGGAAUGGAAUUCAUCCAGGGGGCCAAAACUCCAGAGGGACCCACAAGAAAAAAACUUAAUUUUGUUUUUAUGAAAAAAAAAAGUUAGAACUGUUUAUUCAUAUCGUGAUUUUCAAAAAUAAACUUUCUGAAUGUUUCAAUUGCCAUGCGGGAAGAUCAAACCGGCGACUUCUGGAUUGCAAAUUCAAUCUGCUAACUAUUACUCGAUGGCAGCUUCUCAUUUUUAUUUGAAUAAUAUUGACAAAACAACAAUAUUUCCUUUAUUAAUUGCUGGUUUAUCGUGUUUGUGCGUUUGUAUAUCUGAAACGGUCCUGGGAUUCUCCUCAGUCUACACAGCCUCAAAUGAGUACCUGGCGCAGUGUGAAAACAUCAACAUCUGGCAGAGUGUGUUGGCUAGGUGUGGUGCCGCCACCCAACGCCCACGGGCAUAUGCAGUACUUGUCCCAACAGUGUUCAGGCUUUCCAGGGGAACUUUGUCUUUGUUUGUAAAUAGAAGGUGGGGGGCUCUGUGAAAGAUGCGGCAUCAUUCCUAUGCCUAUUAUCUGCCCUCUGCCUAUCUAGUGCCGGUAUAAAGUCAUACAGUCUUCUUUUUAACUUCGUUAACGAGUACAACGUGUGCUAAUUGUAUGCUCUGCGGUCAACAGAAUGUACUAAAUUGAUUAAAGACAUGCUCCAGUACGAGACAAGUUGCCUGAGCUGAAUUGUUUUUAAACGACAUGUGAACGCCUCUUAUCCACGUCUCUAUCACCUGUGACUCCGAAUGACCUUAAGGGUCAGUGCAAAAGUCAUAUUAUCCCUGCCCCUAUUCUUCCUAUUAUCUGCAAUUAUUGAUGCGGGUUUUUUCCCCCGUCCGACGUUUAAUGAGCCGGCCAGGAGGCUCAGAAAUCUGUCUCACGCAUCCCUACUCUGUCGAUCGCCUUCCCAGAGGACUUUGCCACUGCGCGUCCCUGUGCAGUUUAAGCACACGAUACAUUCCACAAGGAGUAUUCUGCAUGCUUCUUGGGAGCUGGGGGAAUAGGAACCAUGGGGUGGCCUUAUGAUGCUUCUCAAUGGGUUUGGUGGGAGGGUCAGUGUUUUCAAGCGUGAGCUUGAAUUGUUCGUGGGUUCAUCCAUAGUUACAGGUGUGGGAUGUGGAUCCAGAUUUGUCGAAACGUUUCUGUUCGACUGGUCCAUGAUGAGUUUCAUGAAGACAUCCACGCAAAAAGCGCCACGGUGGCGAGAUGUGACCUCAGCAGGUAUGCUGGAGGUCGUGGGUUCGAUCCCCACCUUGACACCUGUUUAUGGUCGUGUGGAUGUUUAUCCGAGUCCUCCGGGUUUUCCCUCCACAUUUAGAAACGUGCGUUUAGAGUAUUUGGAUGCGAUACAUUUCUACAUGAUAAGCCACUUCCUUGAGCUAUCAUUUCUGGCCAGGUUGCUUCUGCAAAAUAACUUCAGUGGGCCUUACCAGUGAAGCUAGUUGCAAUUACUGGUGAAACCUCAUAUUCUAGAUUGUAAAUGUUGUGGCUUGGCUCUCCAACACACCGGUUAGUGCUGUACUAGUGACGAAUUGGCAAGUUCUGUUUACGUGACAACCCUUACGAGUUGGCUGUAUCAGGUGGUGGCGGGUUUUAACGACACAUUCAUAUAUUUACGCGAUAUAACCCAAAAACCUCUAUUAUGGGUAAUAAUUCCGGUUUAGUUUGAAGGCUUCAGGAAGCCCACAGUGAGAUUUACCCCAGGCCCCACACCCCCUAUGGAUGGCUGACUGGGAAUCAAACUCAGGUCGCCGGGUUUAUAGUGCAGUGCACCAAAUAAAUAUUCCGUCACCAUUGAUUACAUCGUUUUGUGUCGCUCUGCCGUGACGUCACCUGUAUAGCUGAACACGAAUGGGAACUGAGCUGUGACUUCACGUACGACUUGAUGCAUGUGUAAUGACAUGAUGACACCUGCUGGCUGGAAAAGAAGCACGGGCACCGCUAAGACAACAUCCAAUCUGAAAGGGAGAGGUACCUGGGGCAAAGGUAAUAGGCGGGGUUGGCCGAGAUGCUCCGGGAACCUGCUCGAAGGUUCCACGAGAGGGCGUGGCCAG